GUGGAGCGCAUCUCAUUGGCUAAUUCAUCCUAAAAUCGUCCGUUGGGGGUCGCAGAAAUGGAGCCAGGCCAUCGAAACGUGGUACGGAGCAACAAUCGUAUUGUCGAAACGGACAGAAGACGACAGCAUUCCGACUUUUUUACAAGUAUUUGAACUGAUCAAGUCUCGUCGAGAGAAGCAAAAAAUUCAUCAUCACUCCUCAACUCCUCAUUCAUCUCACACAAUUUUGUGCAAACACAUCAACGAGCUCCUUCAGACUCAACCACAAACCACAAACAAUUAAAUCCUUUCCAACUCAACUUCAAUUUCGUCAUCACCCUUCUUCACCUUCCACCUUCACCCACCACCCACAACCCACCGCCAGAAUGUCCAUCGCCCUCCCUAGCGAUUAUGGCUACGUCCUCCUGGCCGCCGCCUCAACCCCCAUCGUCAACAUCGUCCACGCCUUCUUGACCAGCUCUAGCCGCAAGGCCGCCGGCAUCAAGUACCCCAUCAGCUAUGCCUCGGCCGAGCAGGCUGAUAAGGACCCCCGGGCCUUCACCUUCAACUGCGCUCAACGCGCCCAUGCCAACUUCACCGAGAACCUGACCCCCUUCCUCACCGCCCUCCUCGUCGCGGGGCUCAAGUACCCCGUCUUCGCCGGCACCCUCGGCGGCGCCUGGUCCGCCGCCCGCCUCCUGUUCGCUAUCGGCUACACCUCCAACGGCCCCAAGGGCAGGAUUGUCGGUUCGGUGACGGGCACGCUGAUCAACUUCGCGCUGGUUGGCACAUCUCUGUACACUGCUCUGGGCUAUGCGCUCAACUGGUAGUGUGAUGGGGUGAUGGCGGGCUGGGGCGAGGAGGCGACCUGACAUUGCAAUGCACAUGUAUAACAACCAUAGCGGCUGCGACGUAUUAGACUGUUAAUUUCAUACCCAAAAGUUACCAACCCUUUCACAGGAUCCGAUGAGCCGUUGUGACUAUCACCUUCCCUCUUUUGGAGACGAUGGCUGGACUAGCACCGACCGACCCGUGGCCAUCGCAUGCUUCUUUCACAUGUUUCAUAGGUUUUCAUCUUCUACUGUAGGUUAGGUGCCCCGGGCUCGAUAAGCACCCUCUGGCCAAAAAGGCCGAACUCGAAAGGAAAGCAAGAAACC